UCCUGCUCCGUCAAUAUCCGAAUUCGCUCGAGCUCCCGGCGCAAGUGCCGCAAGACCCAUUUUACGGCGCCAUCCAGUGUGCGGCGAAAGCUCAUGAGCGCUCCCCUGUCUUUGGAUCUUCGCGGGAAGCACAACGUGCGGUCGAUGCCGGUGAGGAAAGACAACGGAUCCACUGUUAACGCUGGCAUCGACCCUUCCAAUGUUGUUAUCACCAAGCUCAAGCUCGAUAAGGACCGGAAGUCUCUCCUCGACUGUAAAGCUCGCGGGCCCUCCACUGACAAGGCCAAGGGUAAGUUCUCCGUUGAGGAGGUGGUCGCCGGCUCUGCACACUCCCUCCAGAAGGUUGAUUGA